AUUUUUAAUUAAUUAGCUCAAGGUGUCGUAAUUUCAGCCGUCGCUCAACAUUUCCCUUCUCCGAAAUUCCUAAUCUUUCCUUCACUUAAUCUUGGCUUCUGCAUUUGGAACCCUAAGAUCACAGAAGCUGAGGCCGGAUCACCGUUGCGGUGACAAACAGUGUUGCUGCGUGGAAUUGGUCUCUAUCUACUUGCGACUAAAUUGAAUUUUUGGGCUUUCGACAUUGAUUUCCCCGAUCAGAAAUGGAGAAUUCAAAUUCAGAAGAUCUGUGCUGCAUGGAGCCAAAUGUUGAGGGAACAAUUGAUGAUCCAGCUUCGACAAGCUCAUCCUACAGCCUGUUGGGCCGUCACGCAAGUGGUCGUCACGUGGUGGGGGGCAUUCAAGCUGCUGACGUCAUAUUGUGGAGGCGUUAUCGGGUUUCAUUUGGCUUAGUUGUCACCACAUUAUCCUGGCUAUUAAUCGAGCGCUCAGGGAUACCAUUUUUAUCCCUUUGUUCAGAUGUGUUGCUGAUUAUAGUUGUUCUAUUAUAUCUUCAGGCAAACUAUGCCGAAUACAGAAAUAAACAACUUCCUACAUUACCGGAACUAAUUCUAUCAGAAGAGAUGGUAAACAAUGCUGCUGCAUCUUUUCGUGCCAAAGUGAACUACAUGCUGCUCAUGGCUCAUGAUAUUACUCUCGGCAAAGAUUUCAAACUUUUUUUCAAGGUCGUGAUUGCUCUAUGGCUCUUGUCUGUGAUCGGUAGCUUGAUAUCUUUUGCCACUCUUUCCUAUAUAGGGAUCAUUAUUUCCAUUAUAAUUCCAGCAUUGUACGACAGAUUUGGAGACCGAGUGGACCAGUGCGUCGGGAUGAUCCAUCGACAGUUUUCUAAGCAUUAUAAGAUAGUUGAUGAAAGUCUCAAUAGCAGAUUACCUAGGGCUCUCGCCAAAGACAAAGAUACUUAAUUUUGAUCUGCCACCGAUUUUCGGAGUAACAUCUUGUAAGAAUACAGUAUCAUCUAUCUUUUCUCGGCUAGACUUGUCCAAAAAGAUUAAAAAUUGAAGAAAAGUUUAAUCUCUCUGUUUUCCACCA